GGAAAAUGUGCACAUCCGGCGGUGUGUGGUCGAGUUGGUUGCCUGUAUAUACUGGAAAUAGGUUACCCUCCGGGGUCGAAAGAUCAGGUAAGCGGUAUGAACAUGGAGCUUGGUCCGCUGGCAGUCUGUGUUGCGCUGUGUGUGGUCUGCGUCACUAGCAAGCCGACGGAGAAGAAGGGCCGUGUCCAUCACGACCCCCAGCUGAGCGACAAGGAGCACGAUGACACGGAGAACUUCGACUACGACCACGACGCCUUCCUGGGCCAGGAGGAGGCCAAGACCUUCGACCAGCUGACCCCUGAGGAGAGCAAGGAGAGGCUGGGCAAGAUUGUGGAUAGAAUAGAUGAAGACAAAGACGGGUUUGUGACGACAGAAGAGAUGAAAAAGUGGAUCAAAUUUGCGCAGAAACGCUGGAUUUAUGAUGACGUGGACCGUCAGUGGAAAGGUCACGACAUUAACGAGGACGGACGUGUCUCAUGGGAGGAGUACAAGAAUGCCACCUACGGCUACAUCUUAGAUGACCCGGACCCUGAGGACGGCUUCAACUACAAGCAGAUGAUGUCCAGAGACGAGAGACGCUUCAAAAUGGCCGACAGAGACGGGGACCUCAUCGCCAACAAGGAGGAGUUCACUGCCUUCCUGCACCCAGAGGAGUACGACUACAUGAAGGACAUCGUAGUGGUGGAAACAAUGGAAGACAUCGACAAGAAUGGAGACGGCUUCAUUGACCUGGAAGAGUAUAUCGGGGACAUGUACAAUCAAGGAGGCGACCCUGAGGAGCCCGAGUGGGUGAAGACGGAGCGUGAGCAGUUCCUGGAGUUCCGGGACAAGAACAAGGAUGGGAAGAUGGACAAGGAGGAGACCAGGGACUGGAUCCUGCCCUCGGACUACGACCACGCCGAGGCCGAGGCCAGACACUUGGUGUACGAGUCCGACUCGGACAAGGAUGGCCAACUAACCAAAGAAGAAAUACUUAACAAAUAUGACUUGUUUGUUGGGAGUCAGGCGACAGAUUUUGGAGAAGCUUUAGUACGGCACGACGAGUUUUGAUCCCUUAGAUAGGAUCUUUUUUUAAUCUUGACUAGCUAAACAGUAAUUUAUUUUGUAUAAAAUUCCUGUACCGUGGAGACUGCGAUGAGGACUUCCAUUUGUGUUUGGUUUUUUUUUGUUCUGUGGACAAACUGCCAGUUGAUUUUGUAAAAUGAAAUAGCUGUUUUUGUUAUACUGGUUUGAGCUCAUUUUGAAUAAUGUAAUUUAGGCGUGUGUGGGGUGCUGAUGGGUGUAACUCUACACAGUGGAGUGAAAUGCGCUGUGUAGCAGAGUUGUGCCGCUCUGCCUCAGUGAGAAGCUGCUCACAGCAAGAGGCGACAGGCCUCUGGAGAUCUCCUCCCUUUCCCCACUCUGGCUUAGGUAAGCAGUUCAUAAACUCCGACACAACAAGUAUCAUGGAUUUCAAUUACUGUUAGUGUCAUUCUUCUGUACACCUCUGGAGCUUUGUGGUUUUAUGCAUUGCUUUCACUGUUCUGACAGUGCGCUGCCAGCAUGUGUAAGAGUGAGGUGAACACUGACACACAUUCCUCCUUUGUUGUGCCUUUUAGGGUUUUUUUUUUGGAAUAUCCUUUAUGAUUUAGUAUGUUUAUGAAAGUUAAAGAACAAGUGAGGUUUCUGUACUGUGUUUGAAGUAGUUUUGGGUCAUGGAUGUCCCUUUGGAGUAGAAUUAAGGUUUUUUUGGUCAAGCGGCUUCCUUCUCUCCCCUCCACACACUCCCCAUUAGUGUUUAAAAACUUAUUCAGGUGUUCUGUUCCCUUUCUGUGGUGUCAUUGUCAGCUGUUGGGUUACUAAAAAUAGCCUGAAAGGCCAUUCGGAGUUUUUAUUGGAGCACGCCUAAACUGCAGAGACUGAGUUGUGUUCUAUGGCAAUUGGACAGUUUCUCAAUAAUAAAAUAAAUUCUGAGUAACUAGUGACAUGAUUUCGCUUCAUUGAUAUGCUUUGAUUGUAGGGUAUGAUUGUGUCCUUGCAUGGGGUAGAUUAGGCACUAAAAUCAGUCUUCAUGUCCUUCAUUUUUGACUGUUGGUUGUAAAAAUGACUCCCCAUGCCAGUCGAGGUCUUUGAUUCCUGGUUCAUGGCUAGUUUCACUGUAAGGCAGCAAACUGACAAUCGCUGAGUCAUUGGUGAACUGCAGAGUGAUCCUGUUCUCACGCUAGCCUCAGCGAUGGAGAGGAUAUAAAGGGGGGUGAAAGGACGCACCCUUGUGGUGAUUCACUGGAAGAGCAGACUGUGUCUGAGAGAUUCAUUUUCACCCUUUAGCCAC